UUUUAAAAAAAAAAGGGGGGGGGGGGGAUGUGUUUUAUUAUUCAUUAUCAUCAUCGUUCCUGACACAUCGUGAGAUGAUGAGACCCGACCGUAAGUAGCCUAAGGAUGAAUCAAAGCUGAUGAUAAAUACUUGAUCUGUCAUGAAAUCCCACCACCACCCCCGAGGAAAAAAAAAAAGGAGCAUCGAGAGGAGAGAUAUGCUCGUCUGGAUGAGAGACCCCCGCUGGGUGAAGACACGCAGCGUAUGUUAGCUGAGCCGUGAACGCUCGCUGCCAUUGACUGGAGCCGAGGAGGAGGAGGCUGCGAUGGGAGCGAGGCGAGCAGGAGAGCGAGCAUCCUCCAGCCACAGCAUCGCACCACUGACCGAUUCGAGAUGUGAGCUGCGGGGUGGAAUGAGGGGCCUGCCUGUGUGUGUGUGUGUGUGUGUGUGUUUAGGUGGGUUGAGACGUUCAGGGAUUCAUCGCUGAUCACAAUGAACGCCGGGUCGGUGUUGAUGGUCUCCAAACGUUACAGGGCUUUUACAGGACUGGUGCUCACGCGUGGAUUGGAUGAUGUGUGAGAUGCAACGUUGAAUUGUUGCACAUGAAUAAGGGCGGACCGGCUACAGCAGCUCACUGUUGUGACAUCCUGAGAAGCGAAGCAGAACCCGAGCCGGUUGUCUCGACCGAUGGAGAUGGGACUGACCUGACUCUGACUCUGCAAACUCACCGCCCCUGCUGUUGGACGAGCGAUGGCGAGCUCUCAGGCUCCAGGUAUGACCACGAAUCUCACAGAUGUUCCCUGGGAGCGAGGUCUCUACGGUCAGGACCCGGCCUGGUCCUCGGCUGUGAACAGCGUGGUGAAGAUGGUGCUCAUAUCGCUCAUCGUGUGCGUGUCUUUGUUUGGGAACGUGGUGGUUCUGCUGGUGUUCCAGAGGAAACCUCAGCUCCUCCACGUGGCCAACCGCUUCGUCCUCAACCUCCUCCUGGCAGAUCUGCUCCAGACCAUACUGGUCAUGCCUUUCGCCAUCGCAGCCACCGUGCCGGGUGUGUGGCCCCUGGACGCCCGGCUGUGCCAGGCUCUGGUGGUGCUCAUGCACCUCUUCGCGUUCGCUGGAGUCAACACCAUCAUAGUUGUGUCUGUGGAUCGCUACCUGGCCAUCAUCCACCCUCUGUCCUAUCCCACCCGCAUGACCCCUCACCUGGGCACCAACCUGAUCAUCUGCACCUGGGUGCUCAGUUUCCUUCAGAGCACCCCUCCCCUCUACGGCUGGGGGGCCAUCGACUUUGACCACCAUCACAACGUGUGCUCGGUGGUGUGGUCCUCCAGCCUGUCCUACUCUGCCGUGGUGUCCACCUUCUCCUUCUGGCUGCCUGUGCUCAUCAUGCUCGGAUGUUACUGGAUGGUGUUCAGAGCAGCUCGGAGGCAGAACGCGCUCGUGCACCCCAUACAGACGCAGUCCUACUCCCAGCCCUGCCCGCAGGACUUCCAGGGCCCGAGCAGUCCGCAGCGGCAACCCCCACCGCAGCCCCAACAGGUCAGUUCACCUGACGGUCCCUACUCAGCCAGAGGGUUCCCCGUUCGAGUCAGGCACAGACGCUUCCACUACCACUGCAAGGCAGCUCGUGUAGUAUUCGUGAUUAUGGCGUCAUACAUCCUCAGCAUGGGGCCUUACAGCAUACUGAAUACUAUAUCAAUGAGUGCCAGGGCAGCUGUACCCCCCUGGCUGUCCUCCCUUGCCCUGGUGCUCUUCUUUUUGCAGUGUUGCCUCCACCCGUACAUUUACGGCUACAUGCACCGCAGUGUGAGGAAAGAGUUCCUCGCUCUGCUCUGUGGGAUGUUCUGCAAGCAGGGCCGUCCCAGCCAGAGCUCUGCCGUGGAGAGCUGCUUCACAACCACGGAGGGCCGGUUCGGCGCUCACUCUCACCUGCCCAGCCUGACCGCUCGGGUGUUCCCUCUGCGGACCUGGGAGGAGUGCACGACAUCCUCCUCUCCCACCUGCGAGAGGAAGUCGAGGGACAGCCGCAAAGACACCACCUCAACCAGCGUCAGCUCUGAGCGCGAGCUCACGGUCCACAGCAAACGAAGCACAUAAACUGCCUUGAGGAUUCAUCGGAUGGACCGUAUUUGCUCUCGUCACACAAUGUGUUCACACAUAAGCUGAUAUGCCUUCUUAACAACAGGGUUCUUCAUUCUGAAGUUUCUGGCAUUAGGAAUAGUUGUAUCACCUACUUGAUCACCAACGUAAUGAUCUUUUACUUUUUUGUCGCUGACAGAUCUCUUUGAAGAAUAACUUAACACGCAUAACAUUCUAGCUGUGUGAAAGAAAUCCUGAACAUCGACUAUUUCUUUACUUGGUCAGAUCACAAGAAACACUUUUUUUUAGGCGUUUAUAUGUAAUAUCAGUUUUAAGAGUCACCAAGUGUCUGAUUAGUCAGACUGUGUGCUUAUGUGUCGGCUUUACAAACCACCAUGACUGUUUUAAAUGUACACAACUGUUGUCUCGGCUACUAUUACAUAACAUCUGCAUUUAAAUCAACCCAGUUUUUAAAGAGAUUAGAAUAAAGGAAGAACCAGGAACAGCUUUUUACAUCUUUCCUCACUACUACACAUCUUUAGAAAUGAUAUUGGAUUGGAUUGAAGUCACUGAUGUUCUGAUCACUUUGCGCUAUAGGCCACCGAUGUCUCUGAUAAGGUAUUGAUGUGCACAAAUAUCUCCUUUAAACAUUUUCUUGUUGUAUUCUCUGUGAUCCUGCCUGAGGGGCACAGGAUGUUCUGUCCUUGUGUUAGCGCAGGCAAGCAUCUAAUGAACUCAGGGUAUGCUCGUGGUAAAAUGUGAUGCCUGCUCUUUAAAUCUAGUGGAGCGAGUAUAUAU